AAAAAACAGGGAAGGUCCACCUACCAAGCCGGCAGCAGCAUUCUCACGCCGGUGACGGAAUAGCCAGAACAGCCAAUAACGUCUCACCAAGUAAUCAAUCCAGAGGCCACGUGUCCCAUCUCUGACAGACCUCGACGGACGCCGUCAAAGACCUCAGUUUUUCCCGUCAACCGAUAAAAAAACAACAAUUAACUUGGCCUUCCAAAUCUCCCGUCAAUAAAUUCCGGUCAACCAAAACCCUAAUUCUCUCUCUUCUUUUCUUUCCUUCCGCUGCUUUCUCUCCUUUCUUUCUCUCUCGAGAAUUUCGCAGAUCGCCGAUCUCCGGCUUGUCGGCAGGGGAAGAUAGCUCCGAUCCAUGGAAGACGAUGAGGAGAUCCAGUCACACCCGUCGCCGGACACCGGAUCUCCGGCGUCACCUCGGAGUAACGGCCGGAUCACGGUGACGGUGGCGGCCGCGCCUCCUCCGCAGAACACCUUGACCCUGGCGCUUCCGAUACAGCAGGCGAGGACCGCCGGCAACGGUGGUGGGGGAGGCGGUGGCCGGGAGGAUUGCUGGAGCGAGGGAGCGACGUCGGUGCUGAUUGACGCUUGGGGUGAGCGGUAUCUGGAGCUGAGUAGGGGAAAUCUGAAACAGAAACACUGGAAGGAUGUUGCGGAUAUUGUGAGCAGCCGUGAGGAUUACACGAAAACUGCGAAAACCGAUAUUCAGUGCAAAAAUCGGAUCGAUACGGUGAAGAAAAAGUACAAGCUUGAGAAGGCGAAGAUCGCCGCCGGCGGUGGUCCGAGCAAAUGGCCGUUCUAUCAACGCCUCGAUCAUUUGAUCGGACCCACAGCGAAGAUCGCCUCUGCCAGUCCCGCUACCGCCACGCCGUUGCCGCUGCAGAACGUGCCUCUAGGCAUCCCGGUGGGAAUGAGGUCAGUUCACCAUCAGCAGCCCCAGCAGAAGAAUCCCAAGCAGAAGCAGCAGUUGCGAAGGCGAGCUCCGGUGGAUUCCGAUUCAUCACAGUCAGAGCCAGAGGCCUCACCAGACUCCACUGACAGUUUUCCGCCAGAAACCUUUGAAAGAAAGAGGCCUAGGAUGCAGAGAGAGUUGAAUUCAAACACCCCUCGAAGUGCACCAGUCCGGAGCCGUGGAGGAGGAGGAGGAGGAGGAGGAGGAGGAAGUGCUGCAGAUAAAAAUUGGAGCAACUCAGUAAGGGAAUUGACUCAAGCAAUUCUAAAAUUUGGGGAAGCAUAUGAGCAAGCCGAGACUUCAAAGUUGCAGCAAGUGGCGGAUAUGGAGAGGCAGAGAAUGAAGUUUGCCAAGGAGCUAGAGUUGCAGAGAAUGCAGUUUUUCAUGAAGACUCAAUUGGAGAUAUCUCAGCUGAACCAUGGGAGAAGGGUUGGGAAUAACAGUAUUCACCGAAACAACAACAAUAACAAUAACAACAAUAGUGAUAGCAGCAACUAGAUUAGCUUAUUAGAAAUUAGGCUUACCCAGAUGAAAAUUUGUGUUGCAAUUGUUAAUUUGAAAUGUACCGCUUUCUCAAUCUCAAUCCUUAUUUAUCACAACCUGUAACCUUCCCUCAAAAUGCUCAAAUUCAUUGGGGUAGUGCUGAUUAAUCUAAGUGUUGCUCUUGUACUGUUGUACAUACAUGGUAAGAGUUUUGUUGUUUAAAAUUUACAUUGACAUUGUAUAUCUUUGAUGAUGUAAA